UGAAUCUCUCAAUCUCUGAAUCUUGCGCAGAAAGAAAAGCAUUAGAAUAAACCCCCAUACAUUACCCAAAAAAGCUCUUCAAUUCAACCUCCAAAACACUUUCUUCUCGCCCUAAACUCUCUUUCACUCACACUCUCUCUCUCUCCUCUCUCCGAUCGACGAAAACACCAUGACAAAGCAACACGCAAAUUGGUCUCCUUACGAUUUCAAUGGAGGAACAUGUGUUGCAGUAGCUGGUGUAGACUACUGUGUGAUCGCUGCUGAUACUCGAAUGUCUACUGGAUAUAACAUUCUCACUCGCGAUUACUCCAAGAUUUGCAAGCUUGCUGAAAAGAGUGUGUUGGCUUCAUCAGGAUUUCAGGCUGAUGUGAGGGCUCUACAAAAGCAUUUAGAUGCAAGGCAUCUGAUCUAUCAGCAUCAACACAACAAGCAGAUGAGCUGCCCUGCAAUGGCUCAGCUCCUUUCAAACACUCUCUACUAUAAACGUUUCUUCCCUUACUAUGCAUUCAAUGUAUUGGGUGGCCUUGAUAGUGAAGGCAAGGGAUGUGUUUUUACAUAUGAUGCUGUGGGGUCAUAUGAGAAGGUUGGGUACAGCUCCCAGGGUUCUGGUGCGAAGCUUAUCAUGCCUUUCCUGGACAACCAGCUAAAAUCUCCCAGCCCCCUUCUAUUACCUGUACAGGAUGCUGUGACACCACUGUCUGAACCUGAAGCAAUAGAUUUAGUGAAAACUGCAUUUGCAUCUGCAACUGAGAGGGACAUUUACACUGGUGACAAUCUGGAAAUUUUGGUUCUCAACAAGGAUGGUCUUCGUCGAGAAUACAUGGAACUCAGGAAAGAUUAGUAUGUAUUUUGAGAGUGUCAUUGUUGCUCUUAAUGUUAAAUUGAGUUGUUCUGUUGAUGACAUUGAAGCUUCGUUAGUUAAAAUCAUGUUUGUUAGCAGAAGACGAUGAGAAAUUUGAAACAGGGAUCCUCAGUUCUUGUUAUGUAAAACUGUAGAAAGAAGUAGCUUUGCCAGAAAACAUCACUAUAUCUUUUGGCUAUUUUCUUUCCAAUUAUUAGAUCACAGUUUGGCUGUUCUAUUUCUUCUGCA